UUGAUUGUGAGAAAAGAUUAUUUUGAGGCCUAAUGUGAAUAUUUCAAAAGUUGAGGGACUUAAAGAGGGAAAGAUUUUGGAUAAGGAUGACUUCUUUUCUUUUUCUUUUUCUUUCUUUCUUUUCUUCCCAGCCUUGCCCGAUUCUGCUCUUCUUUUCCUUUCUUCCCGCUGCAGCCACUCGAAAGACAAAAAAAAGAGAACCCAGCCAUGCCUUUGAGAAACCGGUGAGAUAAGCUUGGUUUUCUCCUUCCUUUCUUGCUCUAGAACACACCUAGAACCCAGAAAUCUUCCUUCCCUCUCUGCAGAAACCGGAUUUGCUCUGCUUUGCUCUGUCCGCCGGUUGCUCUUGAUUGUGGGUGAUUUCUGGGCAUUUUUUUCGUUCCGUGAGCUUCCCCCUGUAGAUCCCGCCGGCCUUCCCCAAUCUACUAGCUCCGGUUCCUUGCUUGUAAAUUCUGGUAUGUGACAGUCAUUUAAGGCUUAAAUUAUCCAUUCAGUUUGCUGCCUUGUGUGUCCGAAUUUGGCUAAAAAUGGGGGAUAAUUUCGAUAGCUUUAGGAUGAGAUUUAAGCAUUGAUUCAAGUGGAAUUUAUGUGAUUGAGUGUUAAUUGCUUGUUGUGAUUUUUGGAGAAAAUCCCGUGAGAUUAGCUAGUGUUUUGGCCAAUUUGUGGAAGUCGGGGUUACUGUUCACGUCGGGGUACUGUUCACGGGUAUUGUUCACCGACACUGUUCACACCCCGAGGGCCAACAAUUAACGGGGAUUUAAGUGAUUAGUUUGUGAUAUAAGAACGAAUUUGGAGAUAUAUGAUAAUGUGGAGAUUUAGUGGUAUCAGAGCUUAGGUUUAAAUUAAGAGUUUUGGAUUAAAUUAAGUACCUCCAGAUUGAGUGGCAUCGGAGCAGAUUGAGUGAUAUCUGAGCCUAGUAUACCUGUUGAUCUUCUUGAUUCUUGGUUUUUGUUCAUAUGGACACCUCUUUAAGAGGGGUGACGAUUAUCAGAAGAUACCUAUAUGAGGAUGACUUGAUUGUAAACCUGCUUUGCCUCCAUGAGCUACGAGGUGAAUGCCAUUUUGUUGCUGAAUUCUUUGAGGCAUUCUACCUUGCACUCUUGUGUUCCGAUAUUCUUCCAAGCAUUCAUAUUUUCUAUUGAUUUUAUUUUGUUGCAAUUCUUGAGAUUCUUACAUGUCUUUUGAUGGUCUUAGCUUUUAACUCUUGUUAAUUGCUAAAAUCUGUCUCUUGAUUUCAGUUGCCUUGUUAAAUAUGAUCUUGGUUCUAGUUAACCUUGUUUUGUGGUAGAAUUUACAAGGCAUCCAUGCACUUGUUCAUUCAUUCAUGAUUCAUAUAUUUAUUGGAUGCUUAUCUGUCUUUGAUAGAGUUCAAAGUUUUGUUGUGCUCGUCAUUAAAUCCAUGCCAUUCCUUGCCAACUCGUCUUGUGAUGGGUUCGUAGCGUAACCCCACAACUGUUCUUUUGUGGCUUUGGUAGGAUUUAUUUUAUUCCUUGUGCUUCCCAUGUCACCCCAGCCUCCAGUAGCUUAUUUCAUGGUAAAUUCUGUUAAGUAGUUAGUGUUCUGCUUUUAUGAUUUGUUGUGAUUUGAUAUCAGAGUGGUGCAGCGGCAGCAUAGUAAGCCAUGUCUGUUCAUAGAAAGUUAGUGGGGCAUUUGCCUUGGAUUGUG